GCUCCCAUAUUUUCUUUCGGAGCCGGGUUUUAAUCCGAUAUAUUCGCAGUCCCCGGCUGUUUGUCUCCUCCCCACACUUCCACUGUGUGAAAGAGAAACUUCAGCCAAAAGAAAAAGAAUUAGUUCAUUCGACUUAUAACUGUCGGUGGACGGGUGGAGUUUUUUUUCUGUUUGCAGGAACGGCCAUAGAUUUCUCAUUUUCUGAGGGUACAGAGAGAAAAAAAGAAUAAAGGAAAAACAAGGAAAAAAAUAUAUAUAUAUAUAGAGAGAGAGAGAGAGAGAGAGGGAGCAAAUAAAGAGAGAGAAUCGCUUGGUAUAUAAGCCAUUACAGCUGAAGCCACGGCCUCUGUAUCCAUCUGUACCACCUCUCAAUAUAGACUGAUAUAUUCUAUAUAUUUCUGUAUCUUUCUCUCUAUAUAGAUUAUAAUAGACGAAGAGGUGUUAAAUCGAGCUUCCUUUUGGUUUCCAAGCGACGAAUCCCGGAGCCACCGGCCAUGGCGGAGUCAAGCUCAAGCGACUCCGUUUCUGUCGAUGUCGAGACCAUUUAUCUUGGCGGAAAGGAACAUAUUGUAAGGACUGGCCGUGGUUCUGUGUCUGUUAUAGUAUACGGAGACAAAGAAAAGCCUGCACUAGUCACUUAUCCUGAUUUAGCUCUAAAUCACGUGUCUUGUUUUCAAGGAUUGUUCUUUUGUCCGGAAGCAGCUACUUUGCUGCUGCAUAAUUUCUGCAUCUAUCACAUUAGUCCUCCUGGGCAUGAGUUGGGAGCUGCAGCAAUUUGUCCUGAUGAUCCAGUUUUGUCUGUUGACGAUUUAACAGAUCAAAUAAUUGAGGUUCUAAAUUAUUUUCGGCUGGGUGCAGUGAUGUGCAUGGGGGUGACAGCUGGAGCUUACAUCCUCUCCAUGUUUGCUAUGAAGUAUAGGGAGCGGGUCCUGGGAUUGAUCCUUGUAUCUCCACUAUGCAGAACCCCUUCCUGGACGGAGUGGUUUUGUAAUAAGGUGAUGUCAAAUUUGCUAUAUUACUAUGGGAUGUGUAGUCUGCUGAAGGAGUGCUUACUUUAUCGGUACUUCAGCAAGGAAGUUCGUGGUAGUGCAGAAGUUCCAGAAUCAGAUAUAGUCCAAGCUUGCCGAAGAUUGCUAGAUGAGAGGCAAAGCUUAAAUGUCUUUCGAUUUCUUCAAGCUAUUAACAGGAGACCUGAUAUUACUGAAGGCUUAAAGACACUGAAAUGUCGAACACUAAUAUUUGUCGGGGAGAAUUCUCCUUUCUAUGAUGAGGCUCUCCACAUGACAGCCAGACUGGACAGAAGAUACUGUGCUUUAGUUGAGGAAAGUUUCUUGACCAUGUUCCACUGUUCAUAUUAGUCAGACUUUAAAGAGAGAGAUGCACUAAAGAUAUUGAACUAGCAGUACUCAAGUCACCUGCCUUGAAUUUUGUAAGGGUUUGUAGCACCUCUUAGAAAAACCCAUCUUACAAUGUCUCUAUCAGUUGUUGAGAUCUGAAUUCAGUGUACAAGGCAAUAAUUAUGAGAUCUUGUGCCCGAUCAGUUGGCUACUUAUUAUAGCAUGAUAUGCAGGGGAGAUAAUGUGGGAUCAGUUUAGGGAGAAAAUACAACACAAUUGUCAAAUGCUGAUGAUUUAUUGGGACUUCUCCAGGUCCAGGCCUGUGGAUCAAUGGUGACAGAAGAGCAGCCUCAUGCGAUGUUGAUACCCUUGGAGUACUUCUUAAUGGGGUAUGGAAUGUACCGACCAAGCCAGUUUACUGGUAGCCCUCGGAGUCCUCUGAGCCCAACUUGCAUAUCACCGGAGCUUCUCUCUCCAGAAAGCAUGGGAUUGAAACUAAAACCAAUCAAAACUCGGAUUUGAUAUUGACUAUCCUGAACAGACCAAGAAAAUGUUGGAUUCAAAUUACAUCUUGUAUAUGAAUAAUCGACGUCGUUUUUUUUUUUUUCCUUUUAAUCUUUUUUGUAAUUCUAUUCAAUUGUUUUGUUAAUGGGGUAGAUAUGUUUGUAGAUAUAGACAUGGGAUGAUGAUAUUCUUUAAUGGACAUAGACGGCGGAGAUAUAAAUUCAUUCAUUUGUAGUUCAGUCAUAAAAAUUCUCUCGGAGUUGUAACUUCUUGAAAGAGACAUUUUAUAUGAUGAAAAGCCAUCAAUAAUUGAGAUUA